GAGAAAGCAUAUUUGGUUUUCAGUUUUUUGUUGGGUAAUAUAUAUUUUUAUUAAAGGGUUUCACUUCUCUUCCUAUGGAUUCAUCCGAGUACUGGUUUCAGGGAACGAUUCAUGAGGAGGCUGGAAUGGAUGGGGAUAUUCUGACAUGCUCAAGGCCACUGAUAGAGAGGAUGCUAAGAACUCAGCAUGAAGAAGCUGUCAAGUGCCCAAGGUGUGAGUCCACGCACACCAAGUUUUGCUAUUACAACAAUUACAGCCUCUCUCAGCCCCGGUACUUUUGCAAGGCUUGUAGGAGGUACUGGACAAAGGGUGGAACCCUUAGGAAAAUCCCCGUUGGUGGAGGGUGUAGAAAGAACAAGAAAGUUGUAACCAAAGCAGCAAGUGAUCAAUCAUCCAACAAUCCCGCAUCAUCUAAUAAUUCCCAUAAUCCAACUGAUCUUCAUCUUUCAUUUCCUCAAAUGCACAUUUCUCUCCUUGACAACAACUUACUUGCUACUCUCGGCAGCAAUACUAAACAUGAAUGUAUGGGGAAUGGUGGUGGACUUGGCACUUGCUCUCCAUAUGUGAUGUCCAUUGAUGGCAAUGUUGGUACUUUCAUGGAUACUUGGCAGAGGAGAGCGUUCCCUUACGCUGCAAGUGAAGACCGACAUGCAGUCGACUUGAAACCAAACACCGAGCUCUUGUCUCUUGACGACCGAGACACCAACAGGUUCUUCAACAACUUGGGAUCAUCAUGGAAUGGAAUGAUGAAUAAUUAUGAUAAUCUUCAUUAA